CUUGCUGCUACCCAAAAGCCCUCUUCAAGUUUUCGCGCCUUUUUCCCCACUUUUGUAUUGCUGCGCAUCAACAAUCGGGAAAGCCUUCCGCUGAGCACACGAAUAUCCGUUAUUUCAUUUUAGAUCGGGUUCGUUUUCCCUGCAGCCACGGAUGAAUGAGAGAGGGCGCCAAAGUCACCGACAGAGCGAAAAUCGCGCCCUUUGAGGAGCACUAUAUUGUUUGCCGCAGUUCUCCGGCCGGGGAGGAGUGGACCAGUGUUCAGGAGGUGGCACACAACAGCAGUGAGUGUGUUGUUGUGUUUGUUGUUGGGACUGUCUGUCGUGAUUACCGUGCCCAGACUGAUAUCAAUGAAUAGUAGUGGUGCCCACUGAAUUAUUAUGGUAUCUACCAGAGGGAAUCCUGUAGCGGACAGUGGAAGGAAAAGCUCGUUACCGUCGAGGGAAUCGCGUAGGAGCACGAGAGGCGCUCUGCAGGAACCAGAAGACGAGUUGUUUUGGGAUAGUGAUGACCAAUUGUCAAGAGUACGUCGCAGAACUCGUAGUGUGAAUGUCACUUUUAAAGAUGCCACAAGUCCUAGAUCAGCUUCGAGCAGAUCUCCAGAUUCAAUACCAAGGAGAUCACUGUCACAUAAAAGGCAAGAUGAGGCAGCUGGCAUAGAAGGGGAUACUGAUACUGAUGAUGAGCUUUUUCAGCACAGUCAGUCACAACGCACUCGGGGACAGUGUGGUAAAAAUCAGAAAAGUGUUAGGAAAAAUGUCUAUAUGAUGAAUGGUGAUGAUCUGGGAGAUGAAGGACUUGUGGAAGAUGAGAUAGGUGUGAGACGUAGCUUAAGACGACGAAAGUACAAGGAUUUUGAUCAGCAGUCAUGGUUAGUUGGAAAUAAGAAACUUAGAGGCUAUCCAACCAUGGUUCCCAGUUCUGAACCAGAGAAUGACGAACCGCGCCCUGCAAGGAAGUUGCGCAGGCAUAUGAGUUCUGAUUCAGUGAUGGUAUCAAGGAGUCGUUCUUCACGGUUUCGUAAUGCUGGUGCUGGGUCUAGACGAAGGGGUCGACAUCGUUAUGGACCAAAAAGGCCAAAUCGUAUUUGCUCUCCUAAGAGUGACCGUUCUGAUGAAGACAUCACUCUUCCUCGUAGCAGGCGCCGUGUUCCAGCUAGACGAUACCGGGAAGAGCCAGAGCAUACUGAUGAUGAUGAUGAUGAUGAAGGCAAGAUGAAGACUAGGUUCAGCUUCAAAAAUAAAGAAUCUGGUCAAAACAAAAAUUUUGAGGAAGUGAAGAAUGAGUCUGCAUCUGUGGUAAAAGAGACAAGAAAGCAUAAUAAAGAAAAGUAUAGUGAUAAAAAAGCAGAAAAUGAAGUGUGUGAAAAAGUCAAGGAAGAAAUUCCUAUGCGCAGAAUCAGAACUAGAAGUAGUGUUGACUCCAACAAACAGAAAACAGAUGACACAGAAGGAGAAGAGGAAGAGAGGGAUGAAGAUGAGGUAGAAGAAGAAGAGGAGGAAGAGGAGGAAGAGAGGAAGAGGAGGAGGAGGAAGAGGAGGAGGCAAUUUGAAGAUUUGUACUCAAGAGUCAAAAGAGAAAGGCGUCCAGUAAAGCGGUUCAUGUAUGAAGACGAAGUUCAAGAGAGGAGGCGCCAGUCCGUUAGUAAGCGUGUAUCAUCUUCUGAAGAUAGUGAUAGUGAUAAAGGUGAUGAGGAGGAUGACGAUGAUGAAGAGGAAGAUGAAGCACAGAUUGGAUCUCGUUACUCACUUCGUCAGAAUAGAAGAGAGUGUAGACCAUUCCAAGUUAAUGCUUCAGAUAAAAUGGCACGUGGAAGAGAGUUUCGAGAGGAAAGUCCACACCACAGAGAAAGGGAUUGUAGAAACCAUAAACGUUAUGUCAAUUCGCCUGCAAGGAAGCACGUAUUUCAUCGUAAACGGAGGGCAGCCCAUAAUACAACUUCCAGUGAUAGCAGCAGUUCAGAUGAGAGUCACUUUGAAAAAAGGAAGGCAAAAACUAUGGCCAAGGCUCGAAACCGCUGUCUUCCAAUGAAUAUGACUGCAGAAGACUUGACUUUAUCAUCAUUCAAGGACAGAGCUAAAAUUGGAACUAGUUUAGCAGACAUCGACCCAAUGAUGCUGGACCGUGAUGUUAGCUUUGAUUCUAUUGGAGGCCUGUCGUACCAUGUUAAAUCCUUGAAGGAAAUGAUUGUUUUUCCCCUCAUGUAUCCUGAAGUCUUUGAACGAUUCCAAAUUACGCCUCCCAGAGGAGUUCUUUUUCAUGGACCUCCGGGUACGGGAAAAACACUUGUUGCCAGGGCUUUGGCUAAUGAGUGUGGUGUUGGUAGCAAGAAAGUUGCAUUUUUCAUGCGCAAAGGUGCUGACUGUCUUAGCAAAUGGGUUGGUGAAUCUGAAAGACAACUAAGACUUUUGUUUGAUCAGGCUUACCAGAUGCGCCCAUCUAUUAUAUUUUUCGAUGAAAUAGAUGGGCUGGCACCAGUUCGAUCUUCAAGGCAGGAUCAGAUUCACUCUAGUAUAGUGUCAACGCUUCUCGCCCUUAUGGAUGGGUUGGACUCCCGUGGUGAAGUAAUAGUAAUUGGGGCAACAAACAGAAUUGAUGCUAUUGAUCCUGCCUUGAGAAGGCCAGGACGAUUUGAUAGAGAAUUCCACUUCCCACUUCCCUCGUAUAAGGCUCGUUUACAUAUUCUGAAGAUCCACACUGAGAAAUGGGAACCUCAGCCCAGCAAAAAACUCCUGUGUCAUUUGGCACAGCAAACAGUUGGUUAUUGUGGUGCAGAUAUCAAAUCACUUUGUGCUGAAGCAACUCUUGUAGCCUUAAGAUCAAGAUAUCCACAAAUCUAUGCAAGUAAACAGAAGCUUCUGAUAGAUGUGUCUCAGGUUAAUGUGAAGCUUUGUCACUUCAGGAUUGCAAUGUCAAAGAUAGUUGCAGCAGGGCAGAGAUCAGCAGCUGCUGUAGGCCGUCGGUUAAGUACAUCAGUGCAGCCGUUACUUGAAACUUCCCUCACCAUGGCUUUGCGCAUUCUUGGUAGAAGUUUUCCACACGCCUUUGCAAAGCAUAUUGAAUUGAAGGACUGUGCUGUUCACCGACCAAGAUUGUUACUGACAGGGAUAAGAGCCCAGGGUCAGAGCACACAUCUUGGUCCAGCCAUUGUUCAUGCUCUUGAAAAAGUUCCAACCCAUAAAUUGGAUCUUUCUGCUUUGUAUUCUGUUUCAGCCCGAGCACCUGAAGAAGCUUGUGCACAGGUGUUCCAUGAAGCUCGUCGCAGUUUUCCAAGUAUUGUUUAUGUACCUCACAUAGAUCAAUGGUGGGGAACUACCUCAGAUACCUUACGUGCAACAUUUGCAUCACUGCUAGAUGACUUGGAUCCUACAUCUCCACUUUUACUCUUAGCUACCUCAGAUGUGCCCUAUGAUGAAUUGGAUGGUGAUGUUCAGAUGUUGUUUAGUGUUUAUCAUGAAGAAGUUUUGGCAAUGUCAAAUCCUACUGAAGAUGAGAGACGUCAAUUCUUUAAGCCAUUGUUUUAUGUAAAUACUCUUCAGAAACCAAAGGUUCGAACUAUCAGGAAGCCGUUGGAGGCAUUGCCUCUUGCACCACCACCUCCACAGCAUCAUUUCAAUUCCAAAGAGAUGAAGAGGCUUGAAGAACUCGAAGAAGCUACACUCAGGGAAUUACGUAUUUUUCUUCGAGAGAUAUGUGCAAAGCUGGCUAAGAAUAGGACGUUUUACAUGUUCACGAAGCCUGUUGAUGAAGAAGAGGUUCCUGACUACCGUGAAAUAAUCAAAGAGCCAAUGGACUUAGAAACCAUGAUGACAAAGAUUGAUAGACAUCAGUAUGAAUGUGCUCAAGAAUUUUUGAGUGACAUUGACCUCAUUAGUAAUAAUGCGUUGGAAUAUAAUCCAGAUCGAAAUCCAGAAGAUAAGAUUAUCCGUCAUCGGGCAUGCACCCUUCGUGAUACUGCUUAUGCUUACAUAAAAGCUGAAAUGGACACUGACUUUGAAUAUAAGUGUCGUGAUAUAAGGGACAACCGAAAAAAACGUUAUACGCACAGAGUGAAUCCUGCUGCACCUAAUUUCAUACACGUCAUGGCGCAGCAGACAGUGGAAAAUCCAGAGAACAAGCACAAAUCUGGUUGUUCAUCAGAGCCUGUGACACCUCAUUGCAACACUGCUGAAAUUAGAGGUGAAACUUCCACAGAUUUUCCACAAGGGAAAGAAAGUUGGUGUACAGUAUAUUGCCCACGGUCCAAAUCAGAUGGUUACAAACGUAAAAAAAGAAGGUUCCGUACUGCAUGGGCACGUGGUGAAAUAAAGCAACCAAAGAAAAAACGAAAUAUUGACAAGGAUUCCGAAAAGAGGGAUGAGAAGGAAGAGGGCAUUGAUGGCAGUGAUGAUAAGGUUGAUGUGGAAGAAGAGGGAAGGAAAAAUUCGGAUGAGGACUGUGAAAGGAGUGAAGAUGUGAGUGUUCAUUCUACAGAUACUUCUGAUGGAUUAGAGCCCAACAGGAAUUCUCAGGUUAAUCAAAUAGAAACCAACAACCAGGUUGGUGUCGAGUCUGAGGUUGCUCUGUUUAAUGGUCACUUAAGUACUGAAGACAGUCAUGACAGCAUGAGAGUCACUUCUGCUGCUGAUGAGUUGGCAGCAAAGGCUGGUAAUUUAACCAAAGAUACAAGAGAAGUUGCAAAAGAUGAUAUGGAUGACAGGAGUCUGGACACCACAGUUGAAACAGAAGACUCUGUUGUUUCAUCAUCUGAGCAGGGUGGUGGUGGUGGAGGCACCACAGAAAAAAAUGGGGUUUUGAUUGACUGGAAUCACCUGGAAGCUGUUUACGAGUCAUGCAUAUCUGCUACUGAUGGAGCAAUGGUUGAUGAUCUCCAGCGACUAUAUACAUCCCUCUCAGUCCUCAUUAAAAAACACAUUGCAUCCAUUAAUCGAACUCUCUUGCUUCAGGAAAUGGAAGGUGAAAUCAGACGGUUCACACAGUUCCACAAGAAGAGCUGAGUUUUAAAUACAUGUUUAUAUUUAUUGUUAAGUUGUAAGAGGCACAUGAAUUUUUGUAGUAUGCACAUUGCAAUAGUGCAUGCUCUUAAAUUUUAUUUAUUUUUGCAUGUACUAAAGGAUAACACAGAUCUGUAGAACUGGAAGUCAAUGCCUCCUUUACACUCCAAGUGAUAAGCCUUUGAAAUGGUUAUUAUAACUAUUUUUGAUAUGAUGUCACUUGCAUACAUUUAUAUUGUGAUUACAUGAAUUUUAAUUUGAUUCAUUUUUAUGGGUGUGCUUGCUUGAGUUUCAGUUAUGCAGGUUUGUGUUCUUAUCAUAUGGGCAGACUUGUAAUUUAUGCCAUUGUAGGAGUAAGUUGAAAUGGUUAAAAUUUUAAAUAAGAUUUUAUAGUUUGGACAUUCAAAAAUUAUAUAUUUCAGUCAGCGUGUAAUACACUAUAUAUAGUUUAUAAGAUUAUAAAAUCAUAGCAUUGCUGUAAACAUGAAUAUUCAGUCCAGGUUAGAGUUUGGUGAAAUGCAGUAGUCCCAAAAUUGUUGUUACAUAUACAUAUUUAAAAGUUUUAUAUUUUGAAAAUUCAACCAAAAGGGGGGGGAGGAGAAGUGGAAAAUUAAAUUUAUUACAAGACAUAUAGAAGCAUCAGUGUAACGUAAGAUGUGCCAGUAGUGAUGUUUCGGUGAUGAUUUGUAUUUAAUUUUAAGUCUUUGUAACCAAAUAUGGCUAAAGAGGUUUUAGGGUUUUGUUUCAAGUUAUUAUAUAGCAACAUACCUUUUAUAGCUGUACUUAUCUGUAGGAUGGUACUUUUCAUAUGUAAUCCAUGGUAUCUGUAUUUAUAGCCAGCAAUCUAUAGUGUAUAUUUAGAUGAGGAUAGUAGGUCAAAAAUAAAUAACUUUUUUUUUUAUUUUUAUUGUACAAAGGUAUUUGGAAAAUAUUCAGGUUUUUUCCAUUUAAAACCACAUGUAUUUUUUGAAUAUAUAUAGUGUAAAUAAUUUUCAACUGCAGCCUCAUGUUGAAAUUGGAAAUUUUUCUGACCUGUCUCUUAUUUCAGUUUUGUGCACUUGGGAGAUUGAUUUUUAUUUAGCUUUUUCCUGACACAUUGAAAGAGUUGACUGUAUGUGGAUUUUUAUUGAUUUGGUAGAUUCAGAAGUGGGUGCAUUGUUUUUCAUAAAUUUUAUAUAAAAGGGGUUUUAAUUUUUCUUAAAUAUUGCAUCUCCAUCUUACGUUGUUGUCAAUGUGAGUUAUAUGAUGUUGAAAGAGUUUAAACUAUUCUUUAAAGAAUUUCUACAGCAUUGGUAAUUUUGUGGGUCUUAAUUGGCUAGGUUUCCCUUUCUUGUUUCAUCAUAACAAAAACUUUGAAUUACUAACAAGUAUUUUUUUUUCUUCAAAAGUAUCCAGAACAGAAAAUAAAUAUAUAAGUAAAGUUAUUUUUUUGGCACCCUUUGAGUUAAUAGAUUAGAUUUAUCUUCAGUAGUUAUCUGGUGAAAUAACUUAUACAAUUUAAUUGAUAACCGUUGAAAGUAGUGACAAUGUUUGCAACAAGAAGUAAAAGCACUUUGGCUUUAACGGUGGUCAUAUGACUUGUUUACUAUAUAGAUAAUGGUGAUAGUGAGGAUGUAAGUUCUUAUGGACCUAGUAAAUCUCGAUAAUUAUUGUAGCAUAAACUUCUUGUUGAGAGACUUGACCAUGCAGUGUAACAGUGCUGGAGUCAUAUAUUUGCUUAAGUAAUUUUGUAGAAUCAUAUUUACUUUUUUAAUUAUAUUAUUAGGUAAUUCAAAAGGUUUUAGUUUUGGUUUUCCAUGAAAUAUAGAACUUCCAGUGUUGAGUUCUUUAGUCAGCAAUUUGUAAACAUUUAAUGGGAUUAUUGAAGACUGAUAAAAUAUUUAGGUUACUUGGAAGGAUACUAGUAACACCUUUUACUUGCAAAAUAUUUAACUUUUUGGAUGGAGCAUUUGGCAAUUCUAAAGUGGCAAUUUAAUUAAUAACUGUUGUAAACAGUUAUUAAUUAAUAACUGUUGUAAAGUUUAUUUGGCUGUCAUAAUUUUAGUCACCAACAGUGUUGACUAUUUUUUUCAUGAUUUACAGUUAUUUUUAAAUGGACUUCAUGUCAGUCUCAGAGUGGAGUGGACUCUGUCAUUGCCUAGUUUACUAAAUGAGGUUAAAUGCUGUAUCUGGUCUGGUCUGGCUUUGUUCCAUAGAAAGGGGCAGGUAUCACAGAAAAAUACAGUAUCAAAUGUUUGGCUUCUGUUAUGUUUUUUCCAUGGAUGGCUAUCCUCUGUUAAUCAUAAAUUGUACUUAAACACUGGACAGUUUUGCAUCAAUUUGUAGAGGAUAAUUUGGGCUUGCCCAAGUACCAAUACUAUAAGGUAUGUGAGAGAAAGCGGUGGGCAUGUUAGUGUCGCUUAUCUACCAGUUUGCGUUGGAUUAGUAAAUAAAGUUUUAUGAAAUAUAGAGUUUUAUAAGGUCUGCUGCCCAGGUAUAGUUACAUAGGUUUGUAGUUCCAACUUUAUAUUAGUGGAAAGAGUAAGCACUGUUGUGUCUUGACUUUUAACUGGUAGCUUUGUACUAUGAUGGCAAGACUGAAAGUGGGGCGAGACAUUAUCCAAUGUAAAACUGAACUGGUCUAGUGUACAUGUAAUUGUUGUAGUUUAUGCUUAUUUUUCAUGGUAAAAAUUCUUUACAUAUUCUUGGUAAUAUUUAUAUUACAGUUUGUAUGUAAUUCAUGUUUAUUAUUAUUUUGGUGUAUUUAAAGUUAACAGUAGGAAUGAAUUUCAUUCUUAGAAAAAAGAUGUAAAAAAUACCCAGAUCUUAAAUUAUGAAUUGGUUUAAUAAUUUUUUUUAUGAGUGCUUUAUCCUAAGGAAAAUUAUCAUCAGCCUGUCAUGGACAUAUUAAUGCUGCUGAAGUACUUGAGGGUGAUUCAUGUAUUGUAGAGGAUUUGUUUAGCUAAGUUUAAGGUACAUGUAUUAUAAAAUGGGACUUGAGUGUGAAGGGAAGUUUCAAAGGCCUGAUUUGUAGCUGUAGAAACAUUGUUAUGCAGUUGAAGUUUGCAAUAAUUAGAGAUGGUCAUUGACAACAAAAACUGUUGUAAUGCAGAUAUUUACACUGUUUGAUGUGGUCUUUAGCUCCUUCCAAUUUGUCAGAUACUAUAGGUAUUUCAGAAUUUUUGUUCCUAAGGUACUGUGGGUUACACUUGAAAACAAUAGUUUGAAUGUACAGCAUUGCAUACCCUUAGUUAGGCCAUAUUGAAGCUUAACCCGUUUUAUUUUUGCAAAAAUCAAAAGAAGCUACCCUAAACCUCAAGGUAAUAUGUUUUAUUUUGAGUAUUAAAUUAUUUCCUUAAUGGAGGUUUGAAGCAACUUGGUCUAAAGUAAUAAUAUUGCUUUUAGAAGCAUUGAAGCUACUUGGCUUAAAGUAAUCAUUUUGCUUUUAGAAACAUUUCUGAUAUUUCAGAGUGUAGGAUUUUGUUUCUCGCAUAUGAAUUGCCAGUUCUCACCAUGUCCGAAGUUACUUCCCUGUGAUAAUUCUUGUCGCCUUGGAUUAAGUACCUAUUUGUACAUUUGGGCUGUAAAUAAUUGUAAUUUCAGGUUAUGAAAUUGAACAUGGGAGAUGUUUUUCCACUUUUCCAUUA